AUCAACGGUUUAAGUUUGAUCACAAAUCUAUUUGAAUCUUGAAUGGCAUAUGAUCCAUAAAAAGAGUAGCGCAAUUGCAGUGAAAGCAUCUUAUCAAUUCGGCUUGCCUCCACUAGAAGAAGUUCACUCUGUUUGUUUUCUGGCUUUUAUAAAUAGAAAAAGAGUGAAGCCAGUGGUUUUCUUCUUUACCUUCUCAUUCUUGUUUCUGGCUUGAGGACCGACUAUGACUUCUUUGUCUCUCACAUUCUUCACCGCGUCACCUAGGGUUCUCUCCUUUCCAUUAUUUUCUUCUUUCUCGUCGUCUCUCAACGUCAACCUCCCGCCUCCUUCUUCGCUGUCGUUUCGAUCCGGCGCGGGGAGGUUCGCUUCUUUCAAGGUCGAAGAAAUGUCUAAGAUGCUUCAGGAUGUGGAAUCCGCUCAGAAGACUAUUUUCGCCGCAAGUGCCGCGCAAGACGAGCGCAAGAAGUCUUUGUCUAUCGGCGAGGUCAACCAUUCGCGUGCUUUUCUCGAUGCUCGUACUGAACAAGAGCUCUUAUCUGGAAUUAGCAAGGAAGUUAAAGCAGGAAGGCUGCCCUCAAAUCUUGCAGCAUUGAUGGAAGAGUUAUAUCACAAUUAUAAAAAUGCAGUCUUCAGCAGUGGAAAGCCUGGGGCUGAUGAGCUUGUAUUGUCAAACAUGGCUGUGACAUUUGAUCGUGUACUUUUAGAUAUGGAGGAGCUGUUUCAAUUCCAGCCAUAUCACAAGGCAUUAAGAGAGCCAUUUGACUAUUACAUGCUUGGUCAAAAUUAUAUACGUCCUUUGAUUGAUUUCAGCAAUUCAUAUGCUGGCAACAUCUCUCUUUUCUAUGAAAUGGAACAGAAACUUCAGCAGGGCCACAAUAUUAUAUUGAUCUCUAACCACCAAACUGAAGCAGACCCAGCUAUCAUUGCUUUGCUGCUUGAAUCAGCAAACUCCCAUAUUGCAGAGAACCUGAACUAUGUGGCAGGGGAUAGAGUUUUAACUGAUCCUCUCUGCAAGCCCUUCAGCAUGGGAAGGAAUUUAAUAUGUGUAUACUCAAAGAAACACAUGUUUGACGCCCCUGAGCUUAUUGAGAUGAAAAGGAAGGCUAAUACACGAAGUUUGAAAGAAUUGGCUUUGCUUUUAAGGGGUGGGUCACAAAUAGUAUGGAUAGCUCCAAGCGGUGGUAGAGAUCGUCCAGAUCCUGUUACUGAAGAAUGGCAUCCAGCACCCUUUGAUGCUUCUUCAGUGGACAAUAUGAGGAGGCUUGUAGAAUUUUCUGGUACUCCAGGGCAUAUGUACCCUUUAGCCCUGUUAUGUUAUGACAUCAUGCCUCCUCCACGCCUGGUAGAAAAAGAAAUCGGAGAGAGAAGGGCGGUAUCCUUCUGUGGGGCUGGGUUAUCAGUGGCGCGAGAAAUCAGCUUCUCAGAUAUUGCUUCUGCUUUUGAAAAUCCUGAAGAGGCCAAGGAAGCGUAUUCAAGAGUAUUAUAUGAUUCUGUGACCGAACAAUACAAUGUACUCAAAUCUGCCAUAAAUGGCAAACAAGGACUAGACGCAUCAAUUCCAAGUGUGUCUUUGUCACAGCCAUGGAAUUAAUCACUCAACUCCAUCAUGUCGUCAUGAACUUUGCUUGAUUUAUUGCAGGCUAAAAUUUUGUUCUUCCCUAAUUUUGAAAAUUUUCGACAAGGCUGCGGAUAUGUUAGCACGUGCACUGCAAGAGGAAGUCCUUUUCAAUAGCCAUCAAUGAUUUUGACUGGAGACUUUUGUCAUCUAUUUUUCUCAGAAGGAAAUUGAAUUUCAGGUUUGCAUUGUACUGUACAGAUCUUAAUCAUUUCAUAGGCAAUUUUACAUGUAUAUUUGAAAUUCAUGUAUUAGAUAAUAUUCUUCAGCUAAUUGGCUCAAUUCUUAUUCUUUCA